GCGCAGGGGUGGGAGCUGUCGCCGGAGCUGCCACAGCAAAAGUUCUCUCCCCUCCCCCUCGCCCUCCUCGCCGGGCCCGUGGGAAGGUCGGAGCUGCGGCCGUCUGCAGUCAGUGACCGCGCGCCUCGGCGCCAGCCCGCGAUUGGCGAGCCUGGCCUAACGGAGCCGAACAGCCAAGGCUAGCCGAACAGCCGAGCCGAGCCGAGCCGAGCCGAGCCGAGCCGAGCCGAGCCGAGCCAGUCCGAGCUGCGCCGUGCAGUCGGCCCGCGGGACCCACGCGCUUGUGGCCAAGGAAGGCCCCUUGGCGGCGGUCAAGGGAGUGAGAGAGUCUGGAGGCGGAGCCUUUUGUCUGGAGCGCGUGCGCCCGAGGCCUCUCUGCUGCUUCCGGAUCAGCGGUGCGCGCUGGGCUAGGCUGCCUGUGUGCCUCGGUAUAGUGUAUGUUCCAGUGGGCCGGCCCGGGGCCCGGGGCUGCUACUCUUCUUGUUCGCUGCCCUGUGCUUACAGCUUUGUGGUUCGUGAGAAGGAUAGAAGAGAAGAAUCAGUGGCUUGGAAAUUUAGCCAAGUGAUCUGGCGGGAUGGGCUCAUGCCUGACACACUUUAUAGAGGCAUCGGAUGGCACAAGUGACUGAGAGGAUCCUGUGAGUUUCUGGAGCCUGUGAAAGGUAGAAACUCAACCAUGAUUUCUUUCUCAACUCAACAGCAUUCCCUUCCUUGAAGUCUUCAGUUUUUACUUCAGCCUCAGGCAGUUAUACUUAAGCAUGAACAUUGACGACAAACUGGAAGGAUUGUUUCUUAAAUGUGGCGGCAUAGACGAAAUGCAGUCUUCCAGGGCAAUGGUUGUAAUGGGUGGAGUGUCUGGCCAGUCCGCCGUGUCCGGAGAACUUCAGGAGUCAGUACUUCAAGAUCGAAGUUUGCCUCACCAGGAGAUCCUUGCUGCUGACGAAGUGUUACAAGAGAGUGAAAUGAGACAACAGGAUAUGAUAUCCCAUGAUGAACUCAUGGUCCACGAGGAGACAGUGAAAAAUGACGAAGAGCAGACGGACACCCACGAGCGGCUUCCUCAAGGACUGCAGUAUGCGCUUAAUGUCCCCAUAAGUGUAAAGCAGGAGAUUACUUUUACUGAUGUAUCUGAGCAACUGAUGAGAGACAAAAAACAAGUGAGAGAGCCAGUAGACUUACAGAAAAAGAAGAAGCGGAAACAACGCUCUCCUGCAAAAGUAAGAGAAUAUGUUAAGAUCCUUACAAUAAAUGAGGAUGGAUCACUUGGUUUGAAAACCCCUAAAUCUCACGUCUGUGAGCACUGCAACGCUGCCUUUAGAACGAACUAUCACUUACAGAGACAUGUCUUCAUCCAUACAGGCGAAAAACCGUUUCAAUGUAGUCAGUGUGACAUGCGUUUCAUACAGAAGUACCUGCUCCAGAGACACGAGAAGAUCCAUACUGGUGAAAAACCAUUUCGCUGCGAUGAGUGUGGAAUGAGAUUCAUACAGAAAUAUCACAUGGAAAGGCACAAAAGAACUCACAGUGGGGAGAAGCCUUACCAGUGUGAAUACUGCUUACAGUAUUUUUCCAGAACAGAUCGUGUAUUGAAACAUAAACGUAUGUGCCAUGAAAAUCACGACAAAAAACUAAACAGAUGUGCCAUCAAAGGUGGCCUUCUGACAUCAGAGGAAGAUUCUGGCUUUUCUACGUCACCAAAAGAUAAUUCACUGCCAAAAAAGAAAAGGCAAAAACCUGAGAAGAAAUCGUCCGGGAUGGACAAGGAGAGUGUCCUGGACAAAUCUGACACGAAGAAAGACAGAAACGAUUACCUGCCCCUCUACUCGUCCAGCACUAAAGUGAAGGACGAGUACAUGGUGGCGGAGUACGCUGUUGAAAUGCCCCAUUCCUCAGUGGGAGGGUCCCAUUUAGAAGACGCUUCUGGAGAGAUACACCCACCCAAGUUGGUUCUCAAAAAAAUCAAUAGUAAGAGAAGUCUGAAACAGCCCCUGGAGCAAAGUCAAACCAUUUCACCCCUAUCCACUUACGAAGACAGCAAAGUUUCCAAGUAUGCAUUUGAGCUUGUGGAUAAGCAGGCAUUACUAGACUCGGAAGGCAGUGCUGACAUCGAUCAAGUGGAUAACUUGCAGGAGGGGCCCAGCAAACCCGUGCACAGCAGUACUAAUUACGACGACGCCAUGCAGUUCCUGAAGAAGAAGCGGUAUCUCCAGGCUGCAAGUAACAACAGCAGGGAGUACGCACUGAAUGUGGGCACCAUAGCUUCUCAGCCUUCUGUGACACAAGCAGCCGUGGCCAGCGUCAUUGAUGAAAACACCACAGCAUCCAUACUAGAUUCCCAGGCACUGAAUGUGGAGAUUAAGAGCAAUCAUGACAAAAAUGUUAUUCCAGAUGAGGUCCUGCAGACUCUGCUGGAUCAUUAUUCCCACAAAGCUAAUGGACAGCAUGAGAUUUCCUUCAGCGUUGCAGAUACCGAAGUGACUUCUAGCAUAUCAAUCAAUUCUUCCGAUGUACCCGAGGUCACCCAGUCAGAGAAUGUUGGAUCAAGCUCCCAAGCAUCCUCCUCAGAUAAAGCUAACAUGUUGCAGGAGUACUCCAAGUUUCUGCAGCAGGCUUUGGACAGAACUAGCCAAAACGAUGCCUAUUUGAACAGCCCGAGCCUUAACUUUGUGACUGACAACCAGACCCUUCCAAAUCCGCCAGCAUUCUCUUCCAUAGACAAGCAAGUCUAUGCGGCCAUGCCCAUCAAUAGCUUUCGAUCAGGAAUGAAUUCUCCACUAAGAACAACUCCAGAUAAGUCCCACUUUGGACUAAUAGUCGGUGACUCACAGCACCCAUUUCCCUUUUCAGGUGACGAGACAAACCACGCCUCUGCCACGUCAACAGCAGACUUUUUGGAUCAAGUAACUUCUCAGAAGAAAGCUGAGGCACAGCCUGUCCACCAGGCUUACCAAAUGAGCUCCUUUGAACAGCCCUUCCGUGCUCCAUACCAUGGAUCCAGAGCUGGAAUAGCAACUCAAUUUAGCACUGCCAAUGGACAGGUGAACCUUCGGGGACCAGGGACAAGUGCUGAAUUUUCAGAAUUCCCCUUGGUGAAUGUAAAUGAUAAUAGAGCUGGGAUGACAUCUUCACCAGAUGCCACAACUGGCCAGACUUUUGGCUAAAAAAAAAAAAAAAAAAAAAAAAAAAAUGUGUAAAUAAUACUGGCACUUUAGAACAGAUUAAUCGAGAGUGGGGUUACUCUGUAAAAUGGAGUGCUGUACAGAUCUAAGAGCAGUGCGUUCAUAACAAGCUGAUAAGAAUAGCAAGAUAAUCCAGUAACUGCAUUUCGUUUGGUUAGUCCGCAUUCCUUGAACUGCCUUACGUGUCGUCACCGUUAGAGAAGCGAUGCAUUACCUGUUUUAGAUCAGGAUCUUGCUAUUCACCCACACCAAGAUAAAAGAAAAAAAGACUUUCGCACAAUUGUUUCCUAACUGAUAACAUUGUACAUUUUUAGGAGCGUAGUAAUUGUGUGAAAGCUCCUCAUACUGUUUCUGAGUUUUUCAGCAGAGUAUUGCACUUCAGCAGGGAAUCCGAGGAGACGUCACAGACAGUGAACUUAAAGUUUCAAUGUCAAGAGAUUAUGGCUUAAAUAAGUAGUUUGUCCUAGAGGGGGUAAUAAAAAGAAACCACCUUUAAAAAUGAUAUGCCAUAUACCCUUGGUUUUCAUUUUGCAUUAUAUUGACAUGUUUUUUUUUUUUUUUGAAGAAAAAAGUAAUAAAUCUGAUAGUCUAAGACUCCACUAUUUAAAAGCCUAAUUACUUUUAAAGUAUGCAUACUUUCAAAACUUUUACCAAAACACACAGCUGUUGAAGCAUUCACUUCUCUGUGGAAGUGUGCAUAUUGGUGUCAUUUCUUUGUACAGGUAAACGUAGAUAUUUUUUAUGAUUUUUCAUGUGCAAGUAUCAAGGUUUGAAGUUUUAGUAAAAAAGAAAUAUUCUGUAGAUUACAUUCCCAAGAAAAUAAUGCUUACACAAAAUGUAUAUUCCACGUUUUAAAGCUGAAAUGUAUUUUAUUUUACACACUUCAGUUGACAUAGAGCACUUAGAAUUAAUCUGGUAUUUUUGAUUUCUCAAAGUUAAAAUCAUAGAUUUUUUUUUUUUUUUUUAGGUUUGGUAUGGUUGUGUCAUAAUCAUCUCUUAAUUGACAAUUUUGCUUUUUGGCAAUAAAAGAAAGUUGGGAUAUCUUCGGACUGUAAAACCUGGUUUAAUUCUUCUCUUUCUGGACUCUUGAUAGAUUGGAUAAUUCAACAGUAUCCCAAGAAACUAAAGAAAUGGGCAUUUAAUUGCUUACUUAAGUUACAUUUAAGUGAAUACCGCUCAUGACAGAUUUACAAAGCGGAAGUGCUUACUGACUCCAGUAACUGCAAUUUCUUUUCCAGCUAGAUGAGUGAUGGGAAAUUUUUUGUUGCAUUUCAAAAUCUAAAUAAACUACAGACUUUAUCCUUAUACCACGAAUGUUUUUUUUAUAUAUGUAUACUUUGUCUUAAAACAAUACAGCAUGUUACAAUAAAUAAUGCUUUUAUAUAUACACACACUUUUAUGAAGAAUGAUGGUUUGAGUUACACAUUGGACAGUUUUAAUUUUUGGAGACUAACCUUCGUUACAUCGACUCUACAUCUCUUUAAUUUGUUCCACCUUUUUGGGUUUCAUACUUUGCAUUUCGGCCAUCUUUAUCACAACGCACCAUUGGUGAUCUGAAAGCAGUGCCCUUGGGAGAGGACCCUCUUGCGAACUUCCAUUUUGACUUUGCUGUUGGCCCUGUAGAUCCGCGUGCUUUGUUUCAGUAUUGAGUAUUUUAUCCACUUAAAUUAUUUUUCUUUUAUUUAAUGUUAUCCCAAGACUGUUCUCAUAAAGAAGGGAACAAAGAAAUAUCCUCCCCCAGUAUCCUUCACUUACACUCAUUUAUUUUUUAAAAUGUUGGUAUUUUUAUGACAAGGAAUAUAAGUUACGUUUAAUGUGGUAUCCUCUUCGCUUUGUUAUAAGCCUUUGCUUGAAAUCAUCGUUUUCCCAUUUGACAGCUUUGCUGUCAGAUCUUCAAGAACUUUAGACUUCUUUGAAGUAAAUAUUUUAAGUUCUGCCAUUAUCGAUCUGAAGACUGACGUGUGUCUGUGGUGCAUCAGAUAACCACAGGGCCGCUUCAUCAGAUGAGGUGUGAUGGGACCGUGUGUACCCCAGACGGGUGCUUGUAUUCUCUCAUAGUACUUUAGAUAAGAGCAGACAUUUAUUUCCUAAGUUGAGCCUGAUUAAAAACACGGUGUGGUUCCACUGAGCACUUGACACAUUUCCUGCACAGUGUAAGGGUCUGUCUCUAACAUCACCAGCACAGUUUUAAGAAUGUGAUGGUUGCCGGGCAGUACAGGUCAGCUUAGGAAGAGAAGCCUUCAAAAACGGAAGUUCUGUAAACAGAAUUCCAGGUGUUGCAUUCCUGUCUUAAACACGUUUCUUUAAAUCCACACGACAGCACGGCGGCGGCAGACUUUUCUACUGGGUUGUCAGCGUCUGAGGUGACUGACAGCCAGCUAACUUCCUGACUCACCAGUUCAGUGUAGUCAUCACUUACUGUGAAAUCGCAGAGGCCCGCCAGGCUCAGCUUGUCUCUUCUUCCUCCGAGAAGCAUCAUCUCCACAUGCUGGGCUUCCCUGUGUGGGCUUAGAAAGCUUUCCUGCCUGAUACCCUUGUCAGUUCACACUUUUCAUUCCUUGAAGUGAACAAAUUCUUCUCGAAGUGUAUGUAGCUCUAACACCCUCAGCUUCUGCUCACCAGGAGCCCGUUAGGCUGCGCCUGCUAGACAAGGCGGGAGCCCUCCAACAUCAGAGAGCGUUGUUGCUGUUUUGAGCGUCAGUUCUUACCGCACACGUAUUCCGUGGGGUUUGGAAUAGCUGAGUAGUUCCUAUGGGGGUUUUUUUGUUUGUUCGUUUUUUGUGGAUCUACAGUGUGCAUGUGCUACCUAGUCAGGUAGGAACCCACCAUCUUAGCUCUGACUCAGGGUGCCAGCAGUGGGUCAUUUUAUCUCUGAUGAGGUAGAAGGGGCCUUGUGCUCGCGGCAAGCUUUCAUUCCCACAGAUGAGGGACACUUGCAAAGUGCCAGCAAGGUUAGAUCUUUGCCACUUCUUUGAUUAUUUUUUUAUUAAUUUGGGCUUUUAAAGGGCUGUUAAAAAAAAAAAAAAAAAAAGAGGCCGGGAACCUUUGAGUAGGCACGCUGCGUACCGAGCUCCCUAGAACCUUUAACUAGAGUUCAUCCUGGUUCAGUGUAUGUACUUGAAGAAGCACUAUUAUAAUCAAUAAGAAUCUAUUCGAGUCUGCCAUUUAAUUUAAACCUUUUCUGUUGCAGAUUGCUUUAUUUCAGGGAAAUGAUUUUCCAGUUUUUGCUACAUUCUGCAAAUAAAAACCGUGUGUUUCCUUUCUUCCACCUAAACUUUGGUAGGAAACAGACUAAAGCAGACAAACAUUUCUUGUUGUGCUUGUUGCUUUCUUUAAUCCAAUGGAUAAAAAAAAAAAAAAGUAAAACUCUGUAAACAUUAUUUUAUUUUUUUAUGCAAUACCAUGCUGUAAAUACGGUUCAUCGAGUAAGGAUGCGCCUAAGAUUGAACCUUUGAUUCUGCACAGUUAGAGUUUAUAUAUAAACGUGUCUUGACAAUCAAGGACUUGACGUGAGUCUUCCUUUGUGAUGUUUAUCAAUGUCGUGCAUUCCAUUUGUCUGAAGUGAGUACCAAUGUGCUGAUUUGUAUGGUCUGAAAGUAUGUAAUGUUUUUACAGCUUGUUUUUAAGACUGUAAAUAUGUACAAACCAGUCACAGUCCCGCUCUACGUUAGGAGGCGUGUGAUGUUGUCCUGUAUGUAAGCAAUAAUACAUGGCAGUGCUAACUUUACAAGUAGCAUCAGGAACGUUCUAGAGAAACAUUUCAGAGUUGUUAGUUAUCCUUGAUUCACUUAAUGAUGAUUACCUUUAAUCAGUUUUUAUAAGCAAACUCCACCGUUCCUCCUGUUGGAACGUAACACUGUUUACACAGCAUACUCGAUGUUGCAGGGGAGACAGGCUAGAUCUGGCUUCGUCUGUCCUCACUCUCACUAAGCAUUGAAUGGCCUUACCACUCUUGUGCAAAGGUGGAGGAAGACCGCAGGACUUAGUGCCCAUCACACUGAAGGAAGGGGUGUGUUUUUGUUUUGUUUUCCUGCUUCUGUAACUGCUACCUAACUCUGUGGUUCGCUUUGGGUUUUCACAUGUGUCUCUGUUCUAGAUUCAAGCCCGUUAGUGUUGAGGUCACUUCAGUUCAGUUGUGAGGUAGGUAGAUCUCUUCAUAUUUCAUAGCUACAUUUCAACGACUCUAAACUUUCUACUUUGAUUUUUAGAUACUUAUUUUUCAAGCUUGAUUUCUCAGCUGACCAGAUGAAUUUACUCAACUUCAAUACAAAGAAAGACAAACUUAUAGCUUGAAGUGAGUAGAUAUUUACUGUACAGAGCAGCUCUCUGAACACCCAUCACUGCUUUAGAAACAAAGCCGCCAAUUUAUAAAUGAUUAUGACCUACAUUUUAUAGGGAAAAUGUUUUUAAUGCUAGUCAUUUAUAUAAUGUGCUUUGAAGGAUUUGCUAGCCCACUCCUGUCACUUUUAGUACACUGGGACCUUUUCUAUGUAAUGUUUGCCUUUUAUUAUUGUAGCAAAGCACUUCAGUAGAAAGAAUUUUGCAACAAUAUGGGGGAAAUUUUUCAUUGUCGGGUUUGAAUUAUACUGGAUUUUAUCUGUCUAGUCUUACUUGUUUUUAUUUUAAUGCUGUCUGGAAGGGACCUUGGUACCCAAAUAAAGCAGGUUAACCUCAUUGCUUCAAGGGCAUACUGUGUAGUGCUGAGUUUCACCUGGGAAUCUGAUGACUUUGAAAAGAAAAACACGUUUAUAAAAAUUGUACAGACGAAAUUAAAUGUAUGACGGAAAUCCCGACGGUGGAGCGCGUUGGAUUUUCUGAGACAUAGUGUUAUUUUCCUGGAGUCCCUUAUGCCUUCUUUGUAUUCCAACCAAUAAAAGAAAACCUUGUUGUUGAAAGCGGUAGGCUGCUAGGAUAUUCUGAUUAUUCAGUAUUGCUUUCCCUGUCCUGGUCUCUGGCCCCUCUCAAUCGCUGUAAACUUUUGUUUCCUACUUCCUAUUGCUAAUUAAACAUGUACAUAAUGGAGAGGCUGUGUAUAGAACUGAAUGAAUUGGGUUGCUGUGCUUGAAUGGGUAGCUACAUGGAAAUAUUGGAUGGAUACGGAGAAUUCCUAAGAUGCCAGAGUAAAUUUACGUGGGAAGGGGUGUCUUCUCCUGGGAAGGCCGCAGCAGAUGGUCCCUGCACCCCAAGGGGGUCAGCGGAAGAAUCAGCUGCAAACUGCGUGUCAGGCACGCGGGGCCUCCCUUCCCUUCCCUUACAAUACGAGCACUAAAGUUCAGAAGUCUACUCAGGUGAAAUUCUUUGCAGUGAAACUUAACCACAUUGAAAUUUUCACUGCUAAAUGCUAUAUUUGUGAUAUUUUUAAAUACAAACUUUUACACUGCAGUCAGCAGCCUAAUGAUUGAAAUUUAGCCAAGAUAUUUUAAAAUAAUAGUUAUCCUCCAUGUAUAAUUGUUUUUAAACAAUUGGGAGGAUUUUCUGUUGAAAAAUUUUUUUAUCAUUGUUUUAAAAAAAAAAAAAACAAACCAUCUUGCUUGAGCCCCCAUUUUAUACCACGAGUGAGUCACUGAGCCAUUCAGAUGCAGUGACGGCGUGUUUCAUCCCUGGUCACGGGACAUGAACUGACAUUACACGGUUUAAUGAGUUCAUAGCUUUCGGCACAGUCGUCACAGUUCACCUCGCCUCUUGGAGUUUAUAAUACUGUUUUGUGUAUUGUGAUACUAAAGGAAGUUGUUUUACUUUAUUUUAAAUUGAAUUAUUAGAUUAACUUAUAUUUGCAAAUUCUGCAUUUUAAAUGUGGACACUUGGCUGUUUGAAAAUAAAAUACAGAAUACAAGUUUUAUGAAUAAUUUUCUAGCUGAAUUUUUCACAGUACUUUGAACCAAAUAACUACUGGUAAAUAUGCAAAAAAAAAAUGUGGUACCUAGUUAUUCUGGAGGAAAGGGUGUCCGUGUGGGAUUAAUAUCCCAUAGGGUGAGUAAAUAUCAGGGCCUUCACUGUAGAUUGCUGUGAGAUGUUACUAGUUCCAAGAUCAAGUCAGCUGUUAACUGUCAUUAACUAUUUCAGACUUGAACCGUGUUGAAGCAUAAGGCUAAGAAUAUAUACUGCUUUUCCUUUACAGAUAAGAUUCCAUUAACUUCCAUCCGUAGCAUACAUGGUUUGUUUGGGGUUCCCCCCCCACCCCCUCCGUUAGUGUAGAUAGACCUGUUUUCAUCCACCAGCCACCUUGCCAGGACCUUGUCUUCUGACAGUGGGAUGCGUUGUAAAAAAGCAGUUUGCAGUUAAGAGUGCUGCCUCCGUUCUCGGGACAAAUGUCAAUUAAUUGGCCCUUGCAGAAGUCAGUGCUCAGACCCUGGCUCAUUGGCACGGUGCUGUGACCAACUGUACACAAUGGUACCACUGAUGGUCUACUACUACUCAUUUCCUGGAUCCCGGUUCUUGAGUGAUUUGGCUUGGUGGGAAGAGGGAUGGGGAGACAUUCUACCUGACACUUCUCCCACCUUCUGAAGAUUCUAUGAAAAAAUAAAAUUGAAGUCACUUGAAUUAA